AUGGCUCGCUUUUGGGCCGUCUUGUUCCUGGCUUCUGUAGCCUUUGGUUUCAGAGAUGAUUCCAGCGAAUAUCUUCAGGAUUUCAGCGAAGAAAGCUACGAGCAAGUCGCUAAAGUGCACGGCAGAUUUUUGAAGGAAGUAAGUUGCAUUUUUAUGUUAAAAUAGCUAGCUUUGCGAUUUUAGGUAACAUAUAAAAUUGAAUAAAAAGUAGCUUUAUAAUAAUAUUAUUGUUGUUGAGGCUGUUCCUAAUGCUAAAAAUUUCAGAAAUCCAGAUUACAAGAUUCUGGUGAAGGUUUUGACACUUACUACACUUACAAGUCAGUCUGCUACGUCGAUGGUGUACCAACGGUAGUCAACAGCUUUGACUGUCGUAACCAAGUGGCUUCUGGUCGCUACCAAAACUCAAUCAAUGCCUCAGGCUGGUCUUACCUUGAAAUAGAAACCUUCAACUCUGCCGACGCUGAUCUUCAAGCUUAUUCAGCCGGAGUUUUGGAAGGUAUUUUGGGCAAAGAUGUUUUGGAAUACACUCUCCAGAACACCAUGUACACGUACUGUGACGGAUUCAGUCAAUACUGUAAGAGAUUGAACGCUUACUUGAACGAGAACUUGGCUUAUAUCAAGGAGAAGGUAGAGUUAGCACCUAAAGAUGAUGUAUAUUGGCAAGGAGUCAAGAGGGUAAUGUUGCAAUUGAGUGGAGUUUGGGAUGGAUUCAAGGGACACAAUUUCGAGCCUAGAAUUAACUAUGAAAUCACUCCUGUUUAGUAGGUUUUGUUUUCAUAUCAUCGUAAUUGUGCAUUUUUAUUUACAUGACACUUUUAUUUGAUAAUUAUUUUGAUAAAUUAGAUACUAUAAAUAAGUUUUUCUUUACUUUAGCUUGAUCAACAUCAAUGGGGAAUUGUACGAUCUGGAGAAGAAGUUCAACAAAACCAAGGAUCCUCUGAAUGCUAUGGAGGGUGAAAAGUGCUCUGGAUUGGUUAAGGUUACUCCAAACAACGAGGACAUUCUCAUCUCCCAAGUUACCAUGAGUGGAUUCCAAAACUUGCUUCGAGUUUUGAAGAUGUACAAGUUCGGUUAUGGUAAGUUAGUUGAGGAAUAUCUUGUCAAUUAACCAAUUAAAGCUACUAUAAUUUAAUACAUAAAAAGAGUAUUAUUUCAAAACGAAAAUUUUACAGUAUAUGUAAAUACUCAUCAAUUUUAACUCAUAAGCAUGAUUUAGAACGUUACAACUAUCCUGGACAUACCACAACUUUCUCGAGUUACCCUGGUAUGUUGUACUCUUCUGAUGACUUCGCCCUUACUAGCGCUGGUUUGGUAAGUACUUUACUGUAAUUAUAUAAGCUUCCAGACUUUUAUAAAAGCUAAGAUCUAAAAUUAUUCUAAAAAUACUUUAGGCAGUAAUCGAAACCACCGUAAGUAUCUUCAACACCAAGGUAUUGGACGCCGUGAAACCUAAAGAUCAGCUUCACACCUGGAUCAGAGCAAUUGUAGCUAAUCAGAUGGCUAGAACUGGUCGUGAAUGGUGUAAGAUCUUUGCUCGUCACAACUCUGGUACCUACAACAACCAGUGGAUCGUACUGGACUACAAACUCUUCACUCCUUAUGCUGAACUGCCCAACUUCGGUCUUCUUUACGUAUUGGAGCAAAUGCCGUGAGUGAUGUUAAACGUCUUUUUUUUCUAUUUUUAUUCUUACCUAAAAAUGCCAUUGAAGUAGAUGAGUAAAAUCAAGUUUUUAUGAUAUUACUGUGGUAAAAACCUAAAAUUUUAAUUUAUAUAACUUUAAAAAACUAUUUAUUUUAGAGGAAACAUUGUCUACGCCGAUGAAACCCAAUACCUAAAGAAGAACACCUACUUUGCAUCUUACAAUCUUCCAUUUUAUGAAUCUACAGCUAAAUUGAGUGGCUUUGACAUUAAAGGCCCAGAAUUCUACUGGUUCAAUUGGACUGACUGUCCACGUGCCAACAUCUUCAGGAGAGAUCACAAUAAAGUAGUUGACCUAGACUCACUUACCACGCUGAUGAGGUACAACGACUAUAAACACGAACCCUUCAGCAAAUGCAACUGUACUCCACCUUACACUGCCGAAGCUGGUACUAUUUUUAUAUUAAGAAAUUAACUAUCCCACGCCAAUGGAUAGCUAUCCAACAUUAGUCUACUUCUUUUACUAUUCCCUAAUUUGUCAUGACUUUCCAUAUCCUUUGCUGCAUUCUUCUACCCUUACUUAUCCUGCCCUUAUAAUAUUCAUGCUUUUAGCCAUCUCAUCUCGUGGUGACUUGAACUUGGCCAAUGGGACAUACCCAAUACCCGGUAUGGGACAUGUUAACCAUGGUGCUUUGGACUACAAAGGCACUAACUACCAACUCUUCAAGCAACUCAGAUUCAGAGCUUGGGGAGGUCCUACUUAUGGAAACGUACCACCUUUCCAAUGGAGCAUCUCUGAUUUGGUAAGUGUCAUAAAUCAGCCAAAAAAACAAAGAAAAUUGUGUUUAUUAACGCAUAUUAACAUAUUUUUUCCAAAAUUUCAUUUUUGUAUCAUAACGGUGCAUUAUAAGUUUAGGUUAUAAGUACACUGUAAAUUGAAAAAUAAUUAAAAAAUUAAAAUAAUUUCCAGGCCAAGACCGUCAAGCACGUCGGCCACCCUGACCUGUGGAAGUUCACUCCAGUCGAACACAAAUGGGAGACCUUUGAUGUUAAGGUAGAGCUCUAG